UCCCCACGUGUUUCCGGUUGGCGGCAGGGCCGGGGGAGGUUGUGUUACAUCCAGGAGAAAGGGGCCAGCCUGGGCCUGACCUUGCGGGGGAGGGAGGCUGCUGACCCCUGACCGCGGGGCUCAGUGAUCCCCCGAGGAGCGGCGGGAGCAAGUCGCGGCCUCCCGCCCCAAACACUGGGGACUCGGUGCUGAAUUGCGGUGCGAUGGAUCCGCUCAGGGCUCAGCAGUUGGCAGCCGAGCUGGAGGUGGAGAUGAUGGCUGACAUGUACAACAGAAUGACCAACGCCUGUCACCGGAAGUGCGUCCCUCCCCACUACAAGGAGGCAGAGCUCUCGAAGGGGGAGUCUGUGUGCCUGGACCGUUGCGUCUCUAAGUACCUGGACAUCCACGAGCGCAUGGGCAAGAAGCUGACAGAACUUUCCAUGCAGGACGAGGAGCUGAUGAAGAGAAUGCAGCAGGGGGCGGGACCAGUGUAGGGACUUCCUCUUGAACAUGGACAGCAUGCACGAUUGGCCCAGUGGCCCCACCAUUGCCUUCCGGACUCAACCCUGUGCCCCUCAUCAAUAAAACCUCUGCAGUUGUGUAUGAA